GAAAAGCCACCCAGCCAGUGGGAGAGCAGCAUCGGUCGUUUUAAUGAAACAGGGCUGAGCUUCGGGCUCAGAGGCAGGUGCUGUCCCGCAGCCAGCCGGGCUGCCUCCCUCUUCCGACCUGAGCCCGCCGGGGAGGUGAGAGGCUGCAGGGGCCGGGGCCGGGGCCGGGGCGGGGAAGCGCCGCUCGCUCUGCCUCGUCGCUCGCACACGCCCGGGAAAGACCAUGGGGAAGAAGCUGCUGCCCCCGCUGCUGCUGCUGCUGCUGCUGCUGGUCCCAGGGGGGCCAGCAUGGGCUGCAAAGGAGAAAUGUCUCACCAAGAGGUACACCACCAGCGGGGAGUGCUGCAAAGCCUGCAACCUGGGCGAAGGGGUAGCGCAACCCUGUGGGGUGAAUCAGACGGUCUGUGAGCCAUGCCUGGACAGUGUGACCUACUCGGACACCGUCAGCGCCACGGAGGCAUGCAAGCCAUGCACAGAGUGCGUGGGCCUGCAGAGCAUGUCGGCUCCCUGCGUGGAGUCGGACGACGCUGUCUGCAAAUGCGCCUACGGCUACUACCAGGAUGAGGGGAGUGGGCAGUGCAAGGAAUGCGAGAUCUGCGAGGUGGGCUACGGCCUGAUGUUCCCGUGCGGGGACACUCAGAACACUGUCUGCGAGGAGUGCCCCGAUGGGACCUUCUCCGACGAAGCCAACCACAUGGACCCCUGCCUGCCCUGCACCAUCUGUGAGGAGAACGAGGUCAUGAUCAAGGAGUGCACCCCGAUAUCCGAUGCCGAGUGCAGAGAUCUUCACCCACGCUGGACCCCAACCCUGCUGUGGUCUGACAGCCCCGUGCCUUUCACCAAAGACCCAUAUGACACUGAAGGCAUCGCCAGCACCCUAGCGGAUACAGUCACCACCGUCCUGGGUAGCUCCCAGCCAGUUGUGAGCCGCGGCACUGCCGAUAACCUCAUCCCUGUCUACUGCUCCAUCCUGGCAGCCGUGGUGGUGGGGCUAGUGGCCUACAUUGCUUUCAAAAGGUGGAACAGCUGCAAACAGAACAAACAGGGUGCCAACAACCGCCCUGUGAACCAGACCCCCUCUCCAGAAGGAGAGAAGCUUCACAGCGACAGUGGGAUUUCCGUGGACAGCCAGAGCCUUCACGACCAACAGCCACCGACACAGACUGCACAGGUGCAGGCUCUGAAAGGAGACGGGAACCUCUUCACCAGCCUGCCUCCUAACAAGCAAGAGGAGGUGGAGAAGCUGCUGAACAGCUCCCCCGAGGACACCUGGCGUCAUCUAGCGGGGGAGCUGGGCUACAAGGAGGAUCAUAUAGAUUCCUUCACGCAGGAGGAGUGCCCUGUCCGGGCCCUGCUCUCCGACUGGUCCAGCAAGGACAGCGCCACCAUGGACACCCUGUAUUCCGCCCUGCGCCGAAUCCAGCGGGGAGACAUUGUGGAGAGUUUGUACAGCGAGUCAACUGCCACGUCGCCGGUGUGAAGGGCGGGGUGGGAGAGGUGCUCCCCAACCAGCCCCUCUGCGACCCCACAGAGAUACCAGCCGGCGAGAAGAUGUGAAGGAAAUGGGGUUCCAGCCCGGGCCCCCUGCUAUUUACGAACAAUCCCGUAUGCACUGACCUCUUAUUUUCAGUAUUGUCCCCUUUUUUCUAUCCCCCUUUCCCCAGCAGACUAGCUGAUGUGAAAGCAGAAGGGAUAUAGCCAAGGCAAACGGGAGCUGUGGCCUCCUUCAGUCUUGCUGGGACCUAGGAGUGCUUGAUGGCUUCGGCGCAUCCUGUGUGAGCAGAGCAAUCUCUUGUGCCCACCCCCAACCCGAACAACACGUAUUCAGUAGCUGCAACAAUGACCGCGUUUGCUCUCUCUCAGGUCUCUCCUCUUUCUUUCUCUGUCUGCUUCGUUCCCCUCUUCCACUCUCCCUCUGAGGAUCUUCCUCUGCCCCACCCCCCACAAUAUCCACCCCUUCCUGUUUGCCCCAGAUCACCAGUUAUUCCCCUUUUUAAUUGCAUCUGCCAAGUCAGGAAGGAUGGACCCAGCUGAAUUCAGAGAGAACUGGGUGGAUUUCAGGGCUAAUGUUUGAGUGAAGAUGUUAUUAACAGGGAAUUGGAAGGGAGGGUGGAGAGCAGAGGGAUAUCAUUAGAAGGAGCUACCCAAGGAUGCGUCAUGGGGGAAAAAAGGGCUCCCUCUUUAGAAACACACAUUUGUACCUCAGCACUGUCUUUGGGAGUAGUGAGGGGGCGGGAGGACUUUGUUUCCAACAGGCAAAAUCUACACUGUGAAUCAUGAAACAUACAAUGUGCAUGUUGGAGACAUGCCUCCAUGACACGCACAUUCCUCAGGCUUGGAAGAUUUUGCCUUGGUCAUUAGCAGCCAGGCUGCCUGACAUGUUAAGAAACAAUCUAGUCACCUACGGAAUAAUGUCGUUUGCCCGCCUUGGGUCCUCAGCGGUCAAUAGCCAGCACCUUCCCAGGUACUGAUCUCUCCAGGGCAGACGUCACCCUUGUUAGAGCCACCAAAUUCCAGUGGAGAAUAGCAAACGUCUAAUGGUGCCUGGGAAAGCAGAAAACAAUUGCCAUCCGUCACGCUGCAAUCCCGGUGCUGCCAUGGAGAUCUGGGCCAGCUGCUAGGCCACUGACUCAAGCUGUCAUCCCAGACCCAUCACGUAUUGCACUGGUGAGACACUAGGAGAAAAGCUCUGUGCCCUUCCUCGGACCAGUGAUCCACCCACUGUGGGCUAUAAUGUAAUCACGCUGCUGCAUUAGCGGCCGACGAGCAAGGGGAAAGCGGGUAUGGGCGACGUUAGGGGUGGAGUUGAUUCUAUUCUAUAUGGGCUCAUAGACCGUGAUCAUUACCACGGCAUCUGAGCUGGUACGGAUAAGGCUCGAAAGGGUCGGAGAGUGAUUUGGAAGAGUGCCCAGAAGCUCAGCUGUCUUCACUGUAUUAUCUGAACCUCUCGGUCUCUGCAAAGCUGGAAACAUCCCAAGAACAGGCUCCUUUGGGUAUUUUGAGGCUUCCAGGGAAGACCCGGGUGGUACAGAGGCAGCUGCAGCAACCUUUCUAAAGGAACAUGGCAUGGGGGAGUGUGUUCAAUGGAGUUUUUCCCAGGCUCGGAAAUGGGUUUGGGUGAAAGAUGGUGUUGGGGGCAGGGGAAAGAUGGGUGAAAAUGGGUUUGGGUGAAAGAUGGUGUUGGGGGCAUAUCAAAAAAUCUGGCAAAAGAAAUUCAGUUCAGGUCGAAAAAUUUUGUUUCAAUAAUUUUGAAGCAUUUUGUUUUAAUUGUGACCAUUUUAAGGUUAUUUUUUUAAUGGGGGGGUACUAGAAUUAGCUUAAUUUUUUAAGCAAAAAGCUACUUUGAACUGGAAAACUAUGAUUUUUCAUGUUGAAAAUGUCAAAAUAAAACAUUGACAAUUUUGACACCCUCCCCCCCAAAAAAACUGGGGGUAGAAAACUUUUGUCAAAACUGACCCUUUCCUGCAAAAAAAAAAAAAAAAAAAAAAAAGUUUCCAUUUAAAAAAAAUCAGCAUUUUCCAAUGGACAAAAAAGUUUCUUUGGAAAAUUCCUCACCCACUCUACUAUUCAAUGCAAGUAACAAUCCGGCCCCAAAUGUCUCCAGUUCUAGAAUAUACCCUGCUUCUGCCCUCACAACACAGGAUCAAAUCUCAUUGGACUGGUAGCUAGUGAAGAAUUGUAGCAGAACCAGGGUGGGAAGAGGAGCCCCUCACCCUUCCUCCUUUUCUGCCUCUGGUCUGGCCUCUUCCUCCAGACCUCAAGCCAGCAAGUCCGUGACGUAUAUCUGUAGAGCUGCUAAUUCAUUAAUGGCCUGACUCCAGACUCCUUGCUCAGACAGCAUUGCCUUGGAAAGCAGUGGGAGUGCUGAGGGAGGAAGGAGGUCACAUACAGUGCCUGCAGUAGCUGAGUUUUGGUGAUGGUCAUGAGUUCACAGAUGAGAUGAAGUCUAUGGGCCCUGUUCAUCUCUGCUCCAAUUCUGGAGGGCUCCAAAUGGCCGAACUUGUCCCUGAAAAGGGAAAUCUAAGAGACUGAGCUAUGUAAGUGAAGGACCUGCUGUUUGCCUCCCAGCUCCGCCAGAAACCUUGUUAUUAAAUGAGGAAGAAGGGGGG